AUGCAAUAAUCAUAAUCAUAUAUAAAAACUGAAAAAAAAUGUGAAAGACAACAUGAUUAAGGAUCUAACAAAUUAAUAGCUAUUUGUUUAAACCCUCAUUGUGAUAAAAGGUUGAUGUGUUGUUUUUGCUAUCAGGAUUAUCAUAGUGAUCAUGUCAAAGAUGUUAAAACAAUUUCAUAAAUUCAAUAAUUAUGUAAGGAUUCAAUUACUAAAUUUGAUAAAUUGCAACUUACUAUAAUAUUAUAACAAAAAGCAGAUUAAUUUAAAUCAGUAGUUUAGAAUAUCAAUGAAUAAUUAGAAAAAUUGCUUUAAUUUUAUAUUCAUGAUAUACAAUAAUUGUAUUCUAUGUUGGAAGAUUUAGCAGAUAGUUUUGUGAUUUUAUAAUAAGGAAAUAUUAAUUAAUUUACAAAUGAAUAAUGUGAAUUAUUAGCAACAUUUCAUGAUGAAAGAGUCUUAGAUAAUAUUGAAGAAAUAACUAAUUUUAUAGGUUAGAGAAUGAGAAUAUAAGAUUUGGUAAAAAUUAGUAAUGAUUUAAAUGAAAAAAUUAAGUUGUUGGAUAUUAAUGAAAUUCUGGAAAAGAAUAUUUAUAAUGAAUAAUUGAAAAAUUUUGUUCAAUCUCAUGAAAUUAAAUAUGAUUGGAUUUAACCUGAGUUUUUAUUGACUCGAAGUCCUGAUGUUAAUAAAAUUGUAUAUCAAAAUGAAGAUUUUUAUAUUGGAGAAAUCAAAAAAGACAAAAAAUUUGGUAGAGGUAAAGAAUUAUAUUAUUUUAUGAUAGGAUUAUUAUUUAAUAAAACAGCUUAGACUUAUUAAUAUGGUGUUUUUAGAGAGGAUAAUUUUGUUUGGGGUUAAUAAUUAAUCGUAGAUUAGAAAAAGCGAUACUGGAUUAAAUAGGGGAAAUGGGUAAAUGGUAAAAUAGAAGGUAGAGGGAUUCAAGCCUAAUUCAAAGGAGAUUAUUAUCAAGGGGAUUUAAAGAAUGAUAUAAGAGAAGGGUUUGGAAUAAUGAGAUAUACUACAGGAGAUGAAUAUUAAGGAUAAUGGAAAAUGGGACUAUUUAAUGGUAAAGGUUUGUAUAAGUAUGCAAAUGGAGAUGAGUAUGAAGGAGAUUAUGUAUAGGAUAGAAAAGAAGGAAUAGGAUCAUAUCAAUAUAAAAAUGGAGAAUUGUAUGUUGGUUAAUUUAAAUGUGGGUUGAGACAUGGAAGUGCCAUAGUCAAAUUUCCUAAUGGCGACAUGUAUUGAGUAAUAAUUUAGUUAGUUAUACAGGAGAAUACUUGAAUGAUAAAAAGGAAGGAUAAGGAGUAUAUAAAUACAUAAAUGAUAACAUUUUUGAAGGGAUUUAUAAAGAUGGACAAAGACAUGGAUAAGGAAUAUUUACUGAUGUUGUGAAUGGUAUAAGAGAGAUUGGUGAGUUUGUUUAAGGUAAAUAACAUGGUGAACAUAUGGUUUUCAAGUUAUUAAAGGAUAAACCAUAUUGUAUAAAUAUUUAUGAUAAUGGAAAAUUAGUUAAUAAGAAAUCAUUAUGA